ACCUUGCAUUAUCUCUCGUGCAGGAAACCUAUGAGAAUAUCCCAGGCCAAUCCAAGAUCACGUUCCUCUUACAAGCCAUCAGAAAUACAACAGCUGCUGAGGAGGCUAGACAAAUGGCCGCUGUUCUCCUAAGGCGUCUUUUGUCCUCGGCGUUCGAUGAAGUCUAUCCAACUCUGCCAUCAGAUGUCCAGACUGCCAUCAAGAGUGAACUGCUAAUGAUUAUUCAGAUGGAGACACAAUCUAGCAUGAGGAAGAAAGUCUGUGAUAUUGCUGCAGAAUUGGCCAGGAAUUUAAUAGAUGAGGAUGGCAACAACCAGUGGCCUGAGGGUUUGAAGUUCCUCUUUGAUUCCGUCAGCUCACAGAGCAUGGGACUCCGGGAAGCUGCCCUUCACAUAUUUUGGAACUUUCCUGGGAUUUUUGGGAACCAACAGCAGCACUAUUUGGAUGUCAUCAAGCGGAUGUUAGUUCAGUGUAUGCAAGAUCAAGAGCACCCUUCGAUCCGGACGUUGUCGGCCAGAGCUACAGCCGCCUUCAUACUUGCCAACGAGCAUAAUGUCACUCUGUUCAAACACUUUGCAGACCUGCUACCUGGAUUCUUACAGGCUGUCAAUGACUCGUGCUACCAGAACGAUGACUCGGUCCUCAAGUCUCUUGUGGAGAUAGCGGACACUGUUCCAAAGUAUUUGCGUCCUCAUUUAGAAGCAACUCUACAGCUAAGUCUGAAGCUGUGUGGAGACACCAACCUCAACAAUAUGCAGCGCCAACUUGCCCUCGAAGUGAUCGUGACCCUGUCUGAGACCGCAGCUGCCAUGUUAAGAAAGCAUACCAAUAUUAUUGCGCAGACUAUUCCUCAGAUGCUGGCCAUGAUGGUUGAUCUAGAAGAAGACGAGGACUGGGCAAAUGCUGAUGAGCUAGAAGAUGAUGACUUCGAUAGCAAUGCAGUUGCUGGUGAGAGCGCCUUGGACCGGAUGGCCUGUGGACUUGGUGGAAAGCUUGUUUUGCCAAUGAUCAAGGAACACAUUAUGCAGAUGCUUCAAAACCCUGACUGGAAGUACCGGCAUGCAGGAUUGAUGGCCUUAUCUGCCAUCGGAGAAGGAUGCCAUCAGCAAAUGGAGGGAAUUCUGAAUGAGAUUGUGAACUUUGUCUUGCUUUUUCUCCAGGAUCCUCACCCAAGAGUCCGGUAUGCAGCCUGCAACGCUGUAGGUCAGAUGGCUACGGAUUUUGCACCUGGUUUUCAAAAGAAAUUCCAUGAGAAGGUGAUUGCAGCUUUGCUUCAAACCAUGGAAGAUCAAGGCAACCAAAGGGUGCAGGCCCAUGCGGCAGCUGCUCUCAUUAAUUUCACUGAAGACUGUCCCAAGUCGCUGCUCAUCCCAUACUUGGAUAACCUGGUGAAGCACCUGCAUUCAAUUAUGGUCCUCAAACUUCAGGAGCUGAUCCAGAAAGGCACCAAGUUAGUCCUGGAGCAGGUUGUGACGUCCAUCGCAUCGGUUGCAGAUACCGCAGAAGAGAAGUUUGUUCCCUACUAUGACCUGUUCAUGCCGUCCCUGAAGCACAUCGUGGAGAACGCAGUCCAGAAGGAGCUGAGGCUCCUGAGGGGGAAGACGAUCGAGUGUGUCAGCCUUAUCGGCCUGGCCGUGGGGAAGGAGAAGUUCAUGCAGGAUGCUUCAGAUGUGAUGCAGCUCUUGCUGAAGACCCAGACAGACUUCAGUGACAUGGAAGACGACGACCCUCAGAUCUCUUACAUGAUCUCCGCAUGGGCCAGAAUGUGCAAAAUCCUUGGGAAAGAGUUCCAGCAGUACCUUCCCGUGGUCAUGGGGCCGCUGAUGAAGACCGCUUCGAUUAAGCCCGAAGUAGCCCUUCUCGACACCCAGGACAUGGAGAACAUGAGUGAUGAUGAUGGCUGGGAGUUUGUGAACCUCGGAGAUCAGCAAAGUUUCGGUAUUAAAACUGCAGGACUAGAAGAAAAGUCAACUGCUUGCCAGAUGUUGGUUUGCUAUGCUAAGGAGUUAAAGGAAGGUUUUGUGGAGUACACUGAACAGGUUGUCAAACUGAUGGUCCCUCUGCUCAAGUUUUACUUCCACGAUGAUAUCCUUCAUCCUACAUGUAGUAGGGCUGUAGUGUUGAGUGAGUGUAUGGGUGUGGUAGGAGGUGAUGGUGUCUCUUGGCUUUGACCCCUCAGCGUGACACACGAGUCCCACUCCUGUUGGAAGUCCCCGCUGAAGUGUGCACCGAGUCAUUGGUCCUAGUCUCGGGGUGACGUUGUUACAAUUCUCACAGCUCGGGUGUUUUCUUUCCCUCAGUGCAUAGAAGUCAUGGGAGACGGAUGUCUGAACAACGAGCACUUUGAGGAGCUGGGAGGUAUAUUGAAAGCCAAACUUGAAGAACAUUUCAAAAAUCAAGAAUUGCGGCAAGUUAAAAGACAAGAUGAAGACUAUGAUGAGCAGGUUGAGGAGUCACUACAGGAUGAGGAUGAUAAUGAUGUCUAUAUUCUGACCAAAGUGUCAGAUAUUUUACACUCGAUAUUCAGCAGCUACAAAGAAAAGGUGUUGCCGUGGUUUGAACAGCUGCUUCCAUUGAUUGUCAACCUGAUUUGUCCACAUAGACCAUGGCCAGACAGACAGUGGGGAUUGUGUAUCUUCGAUGAUGUCAUAGAACACUGUAGUCCAGCCUCAUUUAAGUAUGCAGAAUAUUUCUUAAGGCCAAUGCUUCAGUAUGUGUGUGACAACAGCCCAGAAGUCAGGCAAGCUGCUGCAUAUGGCCUUGGCGUCAUGGCACAAUACGGUGGAGACAACUACCGCCCUUUCUGUACAGAAGCACUCCCACUGCUUGUAAGAGUUAUUCAGUCUGCAGAUUCUAAGACCAAAGAAAACGUCAAUGCUACAGAGAACUGCAUCUCUGCGGUGGGGAAAAUCAUGAAGUUCAAGCCUGACUGUGUAAACGUUGAAGAAGUCUUACCACACUGGUUGUCUUGGCUUCCACUACACGAAGAUAAAGAAGAAGCUGUCCAGACCUUCAGUUAUCUGUGUGACCUGAUUGAAAGUAAUCACCCAAUUGUUCUUGGCCCAAACAAUACCAAUCUACCCAAAAUAUUCAGUAUAAUUGCGGAAGGAGAAAUGCAUGAGGCCAUUAAACAUGAAGACCCCUGUGCCAAGCGCCUGGCCAAUGUAGUUCGCCAAGUACAGACUUCUGGAGGAUUGUGGACUGAAUGCAUAGCACAGCUCAGUCCAGAGCAGCAGGCUGCCAUACAGGAGCUCCUGAACUCUGCCUGACGGCCUUAAUACCACCUGCCAGAAAACUAACUCCAAAUAAACGUUUACCCUUUUGUUUAGGUUUCUUUGUUUUGUUUUUGAACAAGAGAGCAGUAGUGUUGUGUGUAGGCCAUUCUUCCGGAGCCGCAGGAAAAGCAGCCCUGUGUGCAGAGUGAACUGCCGUGGAUCUUAUCUGACCCACAGAAGAGGUCCCCGUAAGCCCCACAGUAGCACUGCAGGGUAUUUUUCUAUUGCCGUGCCCACCGUGUGAAGGGACAGAGGAGACGAUUACUUUUUCUCGGUAGACCUACACCUACAGAAAUGUAAGGAGAUCGACUUUCAGAUCAGUUAAUCCACAUAGAUGUGUGCUAAAGAGACUGGGAGACAACCUAGUGUUCGUUGUAUAUUGGAGUGAGAGUGUAGGGGACAGUAAGAAGAAGCCUUUGCCCGCCAACCGGCUGAGAACAACUGGUGACCAGCAUGAGGCUGUCACUUGAUGUCACUGCUGGUUCCUCCCCAAAGGCUCCUGCAGUGACCCGGUGUGGAGCCUGCCCCACUUCCGGCCCUUGAAUGUGAAGUACCGUUGGCAUGUCUGCAGUAGUCUCGUUCACUCCUCAAUAAACAGCAUUGAAAUACC